CCACUCCCUCGCCCACCCACCAUGCCAGCCGCUACGCCGGCUCGGCCUGCCGCCGCCUCGCGCGGCGCCUCGACGGCGAGCCUCUCGACGGUGCCGUCGCCCGAUGCGCUGCGCGUCUUCCAGGUCGCCCUCGAGGACGACGGCUCGCCGGGCGAUGCCGCGUACAUUCGCCUGCCGGCGCCCACGUCGGCCUACGUGCUGCGCUUCUCCAUCGAGGCCGGCUCGCUCGCCUCCAAGGACGGCGCGCUGUGGACCAACUUCCCGCCCAAGGGCAAGGAGUUUGUCCGCUCGCAGUUCUACGAGCACAAGCUCUCGUCGGACUUCACGAAGCCGAGCUACAUCUCGCUCUACAUCGAGGCGCCCGGCGCGUUCGAGUUCUACGUCGAGCACGCCUCGCCGCGGCCAGAGACGCCGUACCCGACGGUGCAGGAGCCGCACUUCCAGCCCAAGGCGGGCCCGCGCGUGAAGAGCAAGCACGGCUACUUCAACGUCGACCCCGUGCUGCUGCUGCCCGAGCGCUCCUCCAUCCUCGACCCCUCCACCUCGGCGCCGCAGCCGUCGGGCGGCAAGGUGUCGGGCGCCGCGCCCACUCCCAUCUCGCAGGACGGCCUUGUGGUCCAGUCCUUCAUCUCCAAGUGGGCCGGCUCGCUCUCUGACUGGGCGCCGCACCUGGCGUACGCGCGCGAUGCUGGCUACAACAUGCUCCACUACCCGCCGCUGCAGGUGCGCGGCUCGAGCAACUCGCCCUACUCGAUUGCCGAGCAGAACGACUUUGCCCACGACCUCUUCGACGCCAAGGCUGGUCCGGCCAAGACGCGCGAGGAGCGUAGCAAGACGCUGGGCCAGUGGAUGGGCAAGAUCAAGAAGGAGUACGGGCUGGGCAGCAUUGUCGACGUGGUGCUCAACCACACGGCAAACAACUCGGAGUGGCUGAACGAGCACCCAGAAGCAGCAUACAGCCCGGCGAACUCGCCGCAUCUCACGCCCGCCGAGGAGCUCGACCGCGCGCUGCUGGACUUCUCCAACCGGCUGGCCGAGUUCGGCCUGCCGACAGACCCGCAGAGCGCAGCCGACGUGACUGCAAUCAUGGAGGGCGUCAAGAAGGAGGUGCUUGGCCCGCUCAAGCUCUGGCAGUACUACGUCGUCGACGUUGCCGGCGAGACAAGCGCGCUUGCUGGCGCCUGGGACCAGGCCUCCUCGUCGCGCCAGGUGCACUCGCUGGGCGACGACUCGCUGAGUGGCAAGACGCUCGCCGACGCUCUGCCGCUGCUGCAGCGCCACGCCCUGCGGAAUCGCAUGUCGCUCGGCGAGCGCUUCACGACGCACCUCGACGGCGCCACGACGCUGGCCAUCCUGCGCACGCUUGCGCAGAACGAGGGCAAGGGCAAGGACGACGCGGUGGCGGCGCUCAAGGCAGCGCUCGACGAGAUCAACGCGCCGCUGUACGCGCUGUACGACGAGGACACCAAGGCGAUCAUCGAGAACCUCGGCGGACGCUUGACGUACAUGCGCGUUGAGGCUGGCGGCCCGAAGAUGGGCCCGAUCACAAAGGACCUGCCCUUCUGCGAGCCGUACUUCACGCGCCUUGACCCCAAGCACCCGGCGGUGAAGAAGAGCGGCGCAGAUGCCAAGCAGCUCGCGCUCGCGCACAAUGGCUGGAUCUGGGCGGCCGACCCGCUGUCGGACUUUGCCUCGAGCAAGUCGCGCGUGUACUUGCGGCGCGAGGUCAUCGCCUGGGGCGAUUGCGUGAAGCUGCGCUACGGCGCGCGCCCGGCAGACUCGCCCUUCCUGUGGAAGCACAUGGAGGCGUACUGCGCCUCGCUCGCCGGUCUCUUCGACGGCUUCCGCAUCGACAACUGUCACUCGACGCCGAUCCACGUCGGCGAGCACUUCCUCGACGUGGCGCGCCGCGUCAACCCCAAUCUCUACGUCUGCGCCGAGCUCUUCACGGGCAGCGCAGAGAUGGACGUCUACUUCGUCAGCCGGCUCGGCAUCAACUCGCUCAUCCGCGAGAUGGACAACGCUGGCGAUCCGAAGGAGGAGAGCCGCCUGCUGUACCGCUUCGGCGUCAACAAGCCGGUCGGCUCGAUGGAUGAGGCGUGCCUUGCGCGCGCCGACACUGUCGAUGUGCCCGGCGGCAAGGCUGGCCAGCCGUGCACCGUCAUCCCGCUGCUCGGCUCGAGCCCGCACGCCCUCUUCAUGGACUUGACGCACGACAACGAGACGCCGGCGCACAAGCGCACCGCCGAGGAUGCCAUCACGAUGGGCGCUCUCGUCGCAUUCUCCUGGUCGGCCAUCGGCUCGACCAAGGGCUUCGACGAUCUUUACCCGAGCCUGCUCGACGUCGUCAAGGAGAACCGCAAGUACGCGCUUGUCGAGCGCGUCGAGGACAGCGGCAUCUCGUACAUCAAGCGCGUCUUCAACCACCUGCACGCCGAGAUGGUCUCGGGCGGCUACAGCGAGGGCCACGCUCACCAGGAGAACGACUACAUCAUGAUGCACCGCGUGCACCCGCAGACGCACCGCGGCUACCUCGUCAUUGCGCACACGGCCUUCCGGGCACACUCGGGCGAGCGCGGCUUCAUCGAUCCGAUCAAGCUCAACCGGACAAAGGCGCGCUUCAUCCUCGGCAAGACGCUCGAGAUCACCUCGCGCGAGGCGCCCAAGGAUGCCGAGACGCUGCGCGGUCUGCCGUCGCGCCUCAUCGAUGUUCCGGCGCCGCCGCUGCGCGAGGGCAGCGACGACGACGGCACGUUCACCGAGCUCGUGGUGCCCGACCACUUCCCGCCGGGCAGUGUCAUGCUCUUCGAGACGUGGAUGGACGGCCUCGGCGCCGAGCUCGACACUCUGUGCUCGACUGGCGCCGAUGAGGCUAUGGCCGAGCUCGACCUUUCCGACCUCAACGUGAUCCUCUACCGCGCCGACGGCGAGGAGCGCGACGUGACGGGCGGUGACGACGGCACGUACAAGGUGCCCGGCCACGCCGAGCUCGUCUACUGCGGUCUCGAGGGCUGGAUGGGCCCGCUGCGCAACGUCAUGCGGCACAAUGACCUGGGCCACGCCAUCUGCGCUCACCUGCGCAAGGGCCCCUGGGCACUGGACCAUGUCCACGCCCGCCUGGAGCGGCAGGUCGGCAUCUUCCCGCGCCUCGCCGAGCCCGCUGCUUGGUUCAAGGAGCGCGUCGACGCAAUCAAGAAGAGCGUGCCCUCGUUCAUGCGGCCAAAGUACUUCUCGCUCAUCAUCAACACGGCAUAUGCCGCCGCAAGGGAGCGUGCGCUGGCUCAGAUGUCGCCUUUCGUGCGCGAGGGCCACGACUUCACCAAGGCGCUCGCGCUCUGCGCCGUGCAGAUGAACGGCCAGGUCAAGUCGGCCUCUCUGUGGCACGACCGCCCGAGCGCCUCGAUGGCCGCUGGUCUGCCCUUCUUCGCCGCGUCCUGGGCACGCCUGUGGGGCCGUGACGUCUUCAUCUCUCUGCGUGGUCUGUACCUGACAACGGAGAUGCACGCAGCGGCACGCGAGCACAUCCUCUCCUUCGGCUGCACGCUCAAGCACGGCAUGAUCCCGAACUUGCUCAACAGCACGCGCAAUCCGCGCUACAACUGCCGUGACGGUGCCUGGUUCUUCGCGCAGAACGUGCAGGACUACGUGCGCAUGGUACCGGGCGGCGAGAGUCUGCUGCAGGAGAAGGUCAAGCGCCGCUUCCCGCUCAAUGACGAGUUUGUCGAGGUCGACUCGCCCAAGGCGUUUGCGCACGAGAGCACCGUCGCCGAGCUCAUCCAGGAGAUUCUGCAGCGCCACGCUGCCGGCAUCCACUUCCGCGAGCACGACGCCGGCCCGAAGAUCGACGAGCACAUGAAGGACGAGGGCUUCAACAUCGACAUUGAGGUCGACUGGAGCACGGGCAUCAUCUUCGGCGGCAACGAGUGGAACUGCGGCACGUGGCAGGACAAGAACGGCAGCUCGACCAAGGCGGGCAACCGUGGCUUCCCGGGCACGCCGCGCGACGGCGCCGCAGUCGAGAUCACGGGCCUCACGAAGAGCACGCUGAGCUGGGUCGCCGGCCUGGCCGCAAAGGGCCGCUGGCCUGCCAAGGGCGUCGAGGCCGUCAUCGGCGGCAAGAAGACGCUCGUCACCUACAAGGAGUGGGCCGACAAGAUCCAGGCGUCGUUCGAGAAGUGCUACUGGGUGCCGCUCGACCCCGCCGAGGAUGCCGACUUCCGCGUCGACUCUGGCCUCGUCAACCGCCGCGGCAUCUACAAGGAUGUGUUCGGCUCGGGCAAGGGCCGCGAGUGGUCCGACUACCAGCUGCGCGGCAACGUGCCGAUCGCCAUGUGUGUCGCGCCCGAGCUCUUCACGCCCACGCGCGCCCUCACGGCGCUGCAGGCGGCGGACAAUGUGCUGCGCGACGUGCUCGGCAUGCGCACGCUCGACCCCAGCGACAGCAACUUCCGCCCGGACUACAACAACGCCGACGACUCGACGGACUUCUACGUCGCACAGGGCCACAACUACCACGAAGGUCCGCCGUGGGUGUGGCCCGUCGGCUUCUUCCUGCGUGCCCUCAUCAUCUUCGACACGCAAGCCGGCGCGGGCAAGACGAGCUCCAGCGACACGUUCCACCGCGUCAUGUCGCUCACCACGGCGCACCGCCGCUACAUCCGCGACUCGCCGUGGGCCGGCCUGCCGGAGCUGACGAACCAGAACGGACGCGAGUGCGCCGACUCCUGCCAGACGCAGGCCUGGUCGGCGUCGUGCCUGCUCGACGCGCUCGAGGAGAUGAGCAGCCGCCAGGCGGCCAAGUAACUCAGAACCCUGGAAUGCGAUGUGAUGGAUACCUGUCUCC